CAUAAAUUACAUUCUAUCUUAAAUCUAGACUUUAUCUAAAAGCCGUAGGUAGCCGCCGUAGAGCGUGAGAGAAUAUAGUUUUUUUAUUACUUUCUUUUCAGUUAAUGUCAAGCACUCAUGUGGUUAUUUUAAAAUUUCUAGCUGCAUAAAUGAAUUAUUAUGGAGCUAGAAAUUUUAAAAUUGUUUUAAUCUAGUACAUUAUGUGGAGUAAAGAUUAUCUGGUCAAAGUUGGAGCAUCGCUGAGAACUUAAAGGAAAAUGCUAAAAAAAAUUCAACAUCAAACACAUAAUCAUAAAUUUUCAUUACUCGUACUUAAUUAUUUACUCUCGCGGACUUAGUUUUCGCUACAGAAUCUUGUUGGUCUGUUAUUUUGGGUAAUUUACAUUUAUGGCAGGUAGCACAGAGUUGGGUGUAGGACCAGGGAAAAGCAAUUUGACAGUUCUGUUGAAAAAUCAACCUUAUUUUUUGUAAUUAAUCGAGACUCAUGUACGACGCAAUAUUUAAGAAAAGUAAUCCUAUUUUGUGUAAGCGAAAAUGGACGUUAAGAAAAGAUUAAAAAAUUACAAUUUAUCAGUAUUAAAGACAGUAGGAAAAGGAACAUAUGGCAAUGUCUAUUUAUGUGAAAACCGGGAUAAUGCCCUACUCACAAUAGUUAAGGAUAUAGAGUUGAAUUUUAAGCUUCAAGACCAUAAACAGGAUAUUGCAAAUGAGGUGAAAAUUUUGUCUUCACUGGAUCAUCCCAAUGUCAUCAAGUUUUAUGCUUGUUACUACGCCGAAAAUCAUGUCAUGAUAUCCAUGGAAUAUGCCACUAGCGGGAAUCUAGCGGAAUACAUGUACCAAAGGUGUCCAAAAUUAUUACCACAGCAGGAAAUUCUGUUUUACUUCUGCCAAGUUUUAUUAGGAGUGAACUACAUUCAUAGUCAGAAUAUUAUUCACAGAGAUUUAAAAGCCGAAAAUAUACUGCUGACUGGUAAGAACGGUGUAGUCGUCAAAAUAGGCGACUUUGGGAUUUCCAAGAUGUUGGCUAGUGCUAAGAAGACUUCAACGGUCAUUGGUACACCAUACUAUUUGGCCCCAGAACUGUGUGAAGGCAAACCUUAUUGCACGAAAAGCGACGUAUGGGCAUUAGGAUGCUUAUUAUAUGAAAUGUGCACGCAUAAGAGGGCUUUUGACGCCGAGACUUUAGUGGGUCUAGUCAAGGCAAUUACGAGCGGUAGCGUUCAUCCAAUUGAUUUGACGACGUACGACAGGAGCAUGCAGGACCUUGUAGAUUCAAUGCUGUCCAUAUUGCCUGAUAAGAGACCUUCUAUUAAAGAACUUAUGGGACGAACGGUAUUAUUACCUGAUAUUUAUACUGUAUACUUAGAUGCUGGCAAUGAAGAAUUAUUACAUUUAAGGAUCAAAGAAUUAAUGAUGUUUACAUAAUAAAUAAGACAAUUGAUAAUGGAAUUUAG